CCAUUGAAGAUUCCUGAUAGGGACGAGGUAACCUCCUUUAGAAGUCACUUCUUUGAGAAAUGAAAGCCGCAACAACCAUUCCAAUUUAUUUUUUAAUUGAAUCUUCGUUGUCCACACGCAACAAGAGGGGUUGCUAUAUACACAACAUUAUUGUUAUUAUUGCAUAUUCCACUUGACUAAGAUAUUCCUAUUCCACAUCCUAGUGUAAUCUCUACCACCAGUGUGUGAAAGGAAACAAUAAGGUGAAUUUAUAUAUAGCAAAGUUUGUUUAUAAUGAAACAAGGGAAGGAAGAAAGUGAUGUAGUUGGAUCAAGGACAAAGAGAGUGGUUCCAAGGCCGCCUCCUCCUCCUCCGCUUCCAAAGUUCCGGGGAUUCACGAGGCCAAGAGCAGAGGAGAGCGUGACGAACCGAGAGAUCGCGAGGUUUUGGAGGCAGAAGCGGAUCGAGGAGGAGGAUCAUCUCCUUGCUGCCAUCAAGGCAGCAGCAAGACUUCGAGCUCGAAAUCUCUCGGAGGAAGAUUAUCUGAACUUUGAAUUGUCCUUGAGGGAUGAGAGUGAUGAAGGUGACACCAAGGAAAAAAUGUGGACAAAAAGCAAGUAUGCUUAUUUGAACCAACCAGCCAUAGAUUCCAUGGAUCCUUCCAAGAAACGAAUUUCAUCAACUUAUGUUCCCAAUUGUAUGUCUUACAAUCCCAAGGCUUUGUACCCUACAGCUAUUGGCGCAUUUUAAGCCAUAUAGGUGUCUUAAGAUGUAUUUCAUCGUGAUUAAUAUCAUCAUUAUUGAUGUAAUGGUAAUGUUUCCUUUGUUUUGUUAUUAAAAUGUCAACGUGUUCAUCUUUCAAUUCAUUUCUACUGUCUAGUGGUUUGAGAUUAGGAGAAAAAAAAAAAAGGGAAAGAAUCUGGAAACUAUGUACAUGUAAGUCAUUGUAUUGUUCUGCUUCCUGGUUAUUCACCAGUGAUUAUUGAAUGAUGAAGGUCUUGUUACUUAUUUAA